AAUUCAAAUUGGAUGCAUAAUCCCUAUUUUCAUUUGAAUAUCCAAUUCCAUGCUAUAAGCCUAUAAAGCUUUGCGUUACCACAUUUAUAUAAGCUUUCACAGUUCACUUUUAAGCCCAUCAAGGCAUCAAUGAAGUGUGAAUUUUUGAUUCAUUAUUUUAGAUCUCUGUUUGAUCAUUUAGGCAUUGAUUUUUUGGGUUAUCUUCAUUUUUUUUUUCUUUUUCUGAACUGCUGCUACUUUAUAAUGGCUGCUGUGAUGGCCUGAUUCUUGCUCCUGGCUAGCUUGACUAUGUGUUCAUAACAGUAUGCAGUGCUGCCUUCUGAUUUUCAGUCUCCCCCAAUAUGUGGAUGUCUGAAAAUGUCCAAACAAGUCACCCUCAAUUACUGUAUGAGUCAAAGUUAUACAGAAUUUUACAUGGAGGAAAUGGAAUUGCAAAUGUGAGAUGGUUUGGCGUGGAACGAGACUACAAUGUUAUGGUCAUGGAUUUGCUUGGCCCUAGUCUUGAAGAUCUAUUUAACUUUUGCAGUAGGAAACUUUCUCUGAAAACUGUUCUCAUGCUUGCGGAUCAAAUGAUCAACCGCAUUGAGUUCUUACACAGUAAAUCAUUUUUGCAUCGAGAUGUCAAACCAGAAAAUUUUCUUAUGGGAUUGGGAAAGCGCUCAAAUCAGGUGUAUGCAAUUGACUUUGGUUUGGCAAAGAAGUAUCAAGACCCUUCAACUCACGAGCACAUCUCUUACAGAGAUAAAAAGAAAUUGACAGGAACUGCAAGAUAUGCAAGCAUAAACACUCACCUCGGUCGUGAACAAAGCAGGAGGGAUGAUUUGGAAUCUCUUGGAUAUGUUCUAGUGUACUUCCUAAGAGGAAGCCUUCCUUGGCAGGGAAUAAAGUCAGGAAAUAAGAGACGCAAGUAUGGAAUAAUUAGUGAAAGGAAGAUGUCUACCUCUAUUGAGGCCUUAUGUCGAGGUUCUCCUACAGAGUUUGCUUCAUAUCUCCAGUACUGUCGUUCACUGCGCUUUGAAGACAAACCAGAUUAUGCUUAUCUGAGGAGAAUUUUCAGAGACCUUUUUAUCCGCAAAGGCUUUGAGUUUGACUAUGUUUUCGAUUGGACUAUUUUGAAGUAUCAGCAAGCACAGAUUGAAGCUCCUCCUCCCAGAUCUCUUACUCCUGGUUCUGGAACCAGCUCAUGGAUGACUCCCAUGAACCCCAAUGUGGAACACCAGUCGGGUGAAGAAGGGAGACGAUUAGCAGACUCUUCCCAGAGGAGAAACUAUGGGCAACCCGGAAAUGCAGAGUUCUCCAACUGGAAAUGACUUCGCCACAAAAAAAAAAAAAAAAGAUGCUAUUGUAAGUUAUCCGAGUUACUUUGACAAUGCAAAUAGAAGGUUUGUUAGAUA